AUGGAGGGAUUCUUCGCAGUCUUUUGUCUACUGUGUAGUGUUUACUUAAUUAGGAAAUGUGCGGCUUUUCGAAAAACGCGUAAAAAUAUUUCAACAGUAUACCGAACCAAAAACAAACAUACAGGACCCUACAAUCAUUACAACUGCGUGAAGCACAGUUUCCCAUUAACGUCACUCACUUUUAAAAUAACAUCACUAUACUCUACUGUACCAAUGAGCCGAAAGAGACAAUUUGAAGAAGAUUCACCACCCUACUCCUUACCAUCAUCAUCACCAAACCCAUAUUCCACAUUCCCAUCAUCUCAAAGUUUUAUCAACUCAUCACCAACCAAAUCUACAUCUUACUCUUUUGAAAAUACACUGCUUUUUUCACAAUCUCAAUAUUCACCCACACUGUCUUCACCAAUUACCAAACGAGUACAAUUGAAUAAAAUACAUACUGAAGUGCACCAGAAGACGAUACGAAUGAUGAUGGACGCCCUGAUACAACUACAGCGACAGGAACAGCAACAUCAAGAACCGCAGCAACAGGAAAGUGAAAAUUUACAGAGUAACAAAAUGAUGUACGAGGAUGAUAAUGGUGCUGAGACUUUAAAAGAAAAUAAAUGUACAUAUUUUCAACAGCCCUAUUGGUGA